AUGUUGGCCACGAAAAUUCUAGUAUGGGGAAGAAGAGAGAAUGUCAGAGUGAUAUGCACCACGUCAAUUGUCACGGGGUAUAAUAAAGGAAUAGUUCUCUCGAUGGUGAUUCCAAUUCUCAAGGCGGGGUUCAGUGAGGAGGAUGUAGGUUUGACAUCAACUGGAAGCAACAAACUGCAGUUAGGAGAAGCAGCUUUUUCUCGUUUAAGACGAUAUUUCACUCUUCCGGCAAGAUGCAGCGAUGACCUCUUAUGGCUCGAGUUAGAACGACUUGUGUUGUCGGUAGUUCCGAGGGAGGUCACUGGAUCAUCCCCGGACAAGGUUGGAACAUACCCUAUGGGAGGUUCAUAA